AUGCCAGCUGCUGCAAUUCGAACAUUGCAAAAGGGGCCUUUGACUCCAGCUGGUCCUGGGGGCUCCGGGCUCUACCCAACACCCUCCAUUCACAUGCCAGCCAUGGGGAUCACAGGUGGAGGAGUGACCCUUUUUAUUGCCUUGUAUGAUUACGAAGCCAGAACAGAGGAUGACCUGACAUUCAUCAAGGGAGAGAAAUUCCACAUCAUCAACAACACAGAGGGUGACUGGUGGGAGGCACGCUCCCUGACCACGGGAGCCACCGGCUACAUCCCCAGCAAUUAUGUGGCUCCUGUGGACUCCAUCCAAGCAGAAGAAUGGUACUUUGGGAAGAUUGGCCGGAAGGAUGCUGAGAGGCAGCUGCUGUGCCAUGGCAACCCCCGGGGGACCUUUCUCAUCCGCGAGAGUGAAACCACCAAAGGUGCCUACUCAUUGUCUAUCCGGGAUUGGGAUGAGAUGAAGGGAGACCAUGUCAAGCAUUACAAGAUCCGGAAGCUGGACAGUGGUGGCUAUUACAUCACUACCCGGACCCAGUUUGAGACUGUGCAACAGUUGGUGCAGCAUUACAGAGAAUUCAAUGACGGUCUCUGCUACCUCUUAACCAAACUCUGCCCCACCCUGAGACCCCAGACUAUGGGGCUGUCUAAAGACGCGUGGGAGAUCAGGCGCGAGUCCAUCCACUUUGACAAGAAGCUUGGCAUGGGCUGUUUCGGAGAUGUGUGGAUGGGCACUUGGAAUGGUACCACCAAAGUUGCGGUGAAGACGCUGAAACCUGGAACCAUGUCUCCAGAAGCUUUCCUGGAGGAAGCCCAGAUCAUGAAGCGCUUACGGCACGACAAACUGGUGCAGCUGUAUGCUGUGGUGUCAGAAGAGCCCAUUUACAUUGUUACUGAGUUCAUGAGCCAAGGUAGUUUGCUAGAUUUUUUGAAAGAUGGGGAUGGCCGUUUCUUGAAGUUGCCCCAACUGGUGGACAUGGCAGCACAGAUUGCAGCUGGAAUGGCUUACAUUGAGCGAAUGAAUUACAUCCACCGGGAUCUGCGUGCUGCCAACAUCCUUGUGGGCGACAACCUUGUGUGCAAAAUUGCUGACUUCGGCUUGGCCCGCCUCAUUGAAGACAAUGAAUACACAGCUCGCCAAGGUGCCAAAUUUCCCAUCAAAUGGACGGCUCCGGAAGCCGCUCUCUAUGGCAAGUUCACCAUCAAGUCAGAUGUGUGGUCCUUUGGCAUCCUCCUGACAGAGCUUGUGACCAAGGGCCGAGUACCUUACCCAGGCAUGAACAACCGGGAGGUGCUGGAGCAAGUGGAGCGGGGUUACCGCAUGCCCUGUCCUGGGAAUUGCCCCCCAUCGUUGCACGAUCUGAUGGUGCAGUGCUGGAGGAAGGAGCCUGAGGAGCGCCCCACUUUUGAAUACCUCCAAUCAUUUCUAGAAGACUACUUCACUGCUACAGAGCCUCAGUAUCAGCCAGGAGACAACCAACUGUAACUGAUAGAUGGUGACAGCC